AUGUGGUACAUUGACUUCGCUUCAGGAGUAAAGCAGACUCUGAACCCCACCGAAGCCAGUAAGAAAGAAAGGAGGGAACAAGAAGGCAACGUCCAAGGCAGGCCCAAAAAGGGGAAUGGGCAUAGCAGUGAGUCUCCAGAGAACACGAGGCGGGGUAGCACAAGACCCCACAGAUUUGGCUGGGAGGCAGCAGUGUCGGGGAGGGAAGGCUUGCAGAAUGGAGUCCCCUGCACCUUGAGCCACUUGAAGUAGGGGGACAAAGGCUGCAGCCAGGACCUACACAGAGGAGGGGAACAGUGGUGUAGGGAAUCCAGUGGUGCUGAAAGGCCAGCAGUUUUAUUUCUAGAAUCAAGAAGAUGAGUUUUUCUUCCAGAUGAGCCUGAAACUCAGCCAGCACCACAGAACAGUGAUGAAAUGUUCUACUGUGAGUUCGAAGGCUCCCCGGCUGUCGAAAAAAAUAAACCAGCCCGGGAGAGUUCAGAAACAGACCUGAGAUUGAAGGUGAGAGUGGAAUAUUUCACCACCGGACAAAGGGAGCUGUACAUGGAGGCCUGCAAAUUGUUGGGCAUAGCACCUGUCUCCUGCUUCCUCCGGAACAUGGAGGAGGUCCUAGUGACCUCAACCACCACGGCUGGGACCCAGGGUACCAAGGCUAUUGCGAUAGCCCUGGUGUCCAACACGACUGUGAUCACCCUGGAGCUGGCAGACAAUUGUAUCAUGGAGAUGGGUGUCCUGAGCCUGAUGGAGAUGCUACAAGAGAACUACUAUAUCCAGGAGCUGAAUAUUUCUGACAAUGAUCUUGGUUUGGAGGGAGCCAGAAUCAUCUCAAACUUUCUCCAAAGAAAUUUCUCUUCGCUCUUGAAGCUUCAGCUUUCAGGAAAUAACUUCAAGGAUGAAUCUGCAGAGCUGUUCUUGCAGGCCCUGUCGGUCAAUUACCAAAUUAAGAACAUGGAUCUCAGUCACAACCAAUUCUCUGAUAAGGGAGGGGAGCUCCUGGGACAGAUGCUGGCCCUCAAUGUAGGGCUCCUGUCGCUGGAUCUGAGCUGGAACCACUUCUGCUCACAGGGAGCUGUGGCCUUCUGCAACGGUCUCCGGGUUAAUGUGACACUCAAGACACUGGAUCUCUCCAUGAACGGCUUUGGAAAUGAGGGGGCUGCCGGCCUAGGGGAGGUCCUCAGAUUCAACAGCUCCCUGGCCCACCUAGACGUCAGCAGCAACAAUAUCAACAACGAAGGGGUCUCCAAAAUCAGCAAAGGACUGGAGUUCAAUGAAAGCCUGAAAUUUCUGAAGCUUUUUCUGAACCCUAUGAGUAUGGAUGGGGCUAUUUUACUGAUCCUGUCCAUCAAGAGGAACCCCAAAUCCAAGAUGGAAAAGCUUGACAUUUCCAAUGUGCUGGUGUCCGAGCAGUUCAUGAAGCUAUUAGAUGGGGUGCAUGCUGUCCAUCCCCAGCUGGAUGUGGUGUACAAGACAACAUCAGACUUCACUCAAUAAAACCAUCUUCCUGUGA